GCUCCGCACUUGCGAGGAGGCAGCCGGGACCGACUCGCAGCGCGGAACUUUGGCCCGGGUUUUGCGGUGACUCCCUCUCCCAGCGGGGCCGCGGCGACCUCCGAGCCCCCCGGGCCCUGCCCCCCAGGAUGCGGAUCUCACACUUCCUGGCUUGCGGACUUUCACUGGCUCUGCUGUCUGUCAGGCUGGAGGCGAGACCGGCGGCUCAGCCCCAGCAGAAGCCCCCCCGGAGCACGCCGGGACACGAGCUGACGGAGAGCCCGGCCGCGGGCCGCGAGCGAGGGGAGACGGCGGGCGGCGGAGGCGGCGGCCGCGGCCGGGGCUCGGACUCGCGGCUGCUGCGGGAGCUGCGCGUGGACACCAAGUCCCGGGCCGCCUGGGCCCGGCUGCUGCGCGACUACCCCGGCACGCGGCGGCACAAGGGCGUCAGCAAGAAGGGCCUGUCCAAGGGCUGCUUCGGCCUCAAGCUGGACCGGAUCGGCUCCAUGAGCGGCCUGGGCUGCUAGAGCGGCGACCCCUGGCGGCGGGCUUUGAAUACAUUUCCCCCCCCCAUGGUCAUGUCUGGCCACUCCCCAACCGACACCUAGAGGAGCAGAGAACACCGGAAAUGGGACAGACGACGUGGUUGUGUUUUUCUUUUCGGUACGAGGAGUCAUGGCACCAGCUGUUUCGGUUUUCUUAUUUUUUUAAGAUUAAAAAAUUCUCUCUAUCAUAUUCUAUACAAACAUCACCAGGACAAAGGACAGUGCUUUUCCAAAAGACUGAUGAAGCCAGCUGUAUAACAUUGCUGUUUGAAAAUCCAUGUCAUGCAUAAAUGUAUUUAUGUUGUAAAGCUAUUUAUAUAUUGUUUAUAAAGAGAUAUUUAUAAAAAUUUUAUUUAUGUAACUAAAUGAAAGGAGUCGAGCAGUGUAACUUUUUUUCCCCAAAUAGUUGAAAAAUGUGUAUAAAAAGAAAGAAAUAUGUAUCAUUCCAUGUGGCAUUUUGUAACCUGUCUUCAUUUAUUGGAUUUAGUCACAUUUUUUAAAGUGCCAGAUUAAUUCAUUUUAACAGCAGAGAAGCAAUAUAUUCUUUUUAAGAGCGGAGAGCGAGCAAGUGAUUUGCACUUUAGCCUUUGCCCCCUCAUGCAGGGUGCUCAGUGAGGAAAUAAUUAUGGCUCUGAUCCUGAAAUCAUUUAAUCAGGGCCCAAUCCUGUUGUGAACUCUCAGCAGUAUCAUUCCCGUGCUUGGGUGCAGCUGCAUUAACCUCUGAAUUUGUGCAGGGCCCACCCUUGAGGAGUUUAUCACAGAACUGGGGCCUCAGGCAACUUACGCAGGGGGCCAGAUCCUGAUCAAUGUAAAUCUGGAGUAAGUCCAUCACUUUCGAUUGAUUUACUCUGGGUUUACACUGGGUAACAGAGCAGACUAUGGCCUAUUGAUUUAAAUAGGUAUUUUGCCUCCCUAUGGUCUGUAGGAUGGAGCCCUUAGUUCAUUAAAUAAUUUGAUAUACUCCAUAGGCAGAUAACAACUGAGUAAAGAGCAGGACCCAACACCCACUGAAACGGAUGGAAAGCCUGAAAUGGGCUUUGGAUCAGGCCCAUUAGUAUUAGUGGGAAAAAGACCCUGGGUGCUGGGUGGUCACUGUUAUUCUAAAAUCAAGUUGAUUAUUAAGUGGCUUGUUGAUAUUCCCUUUCUCGAGCAGAUUUGUUUCACUGUGCUUAAGACAACAAGCAGACAGACUAAUACACGGAGUGCAGCCUGCUAAGGAUUCAUGACACAGGUGUUGCUACAACUUCUUGCUCUGUAAAGUGCAUGAAAUUCUAGAGCAUUAGAAUGACUCUGAGCUUUAAAGAAAAUAUAAAGAGGACCAAAAAAACCCCAAGCAUAGAUCCUCCAGAGAAGUUCCUUGGCCUCAAUCUUCAAAGAAGCUUUAGAGAGGAGCAGCAGGUUCACAGCCAUGAGUUUCAGCCAGGCCCAGUGACUGCUCUGACCCAGGUAGUAAUGGACCAUGGGCAAAAAGAGGGUCAGCAGACUCAGAGCUAUGGAGACCUACAGGCAGAGCGAUCCCUCUCCUCAGCCACAGUUUGGCCGGGGGUCACAGAGACCCACAGACAGGGUGAUGCCUUUCCUUGUCAGCAGUCAGAGAACUAUGGAAACCUACAGCCAGACCCCUCACUGUAGAAAACAGCUGGCUUGUUGAUCUGCUAAGCUUGGAGGAUUUUGCCUGUACAUGUGACAGCUCAGUCAGCAGGAUACCAAUGAUCCACGGGACACUUCUGACUUUGUAAGAGCAAACAGCAACCACGUACCCAACAAGAAGAUAGUCAGCAUCUGUCCUAAGACAGAGUCUGGCUGGAGGGGGAACAUCUGUGUCUGAAAGCCCUUCUAAGACAUUGCUGAUUGGGAACCACCACAACCGCAUAGCAACCUCACCAUAGAGUUUUCUGUGUAAUCACAAAUUUGCUGCUAUGUUACCUGCAUCUCUGCCUUUGUAGACUACAUCCAGGUACUGCAGCUCCCAAUGUACAGUCUGCAGCCCCUGUGGCUUUCCAGGAAAGAGGGGACCUGCCCAAUGCCCUCCUAAGAGACUCCCUGUUAGAGGAGGAUAUAUUAAACCAUACUUCUCACACCAAGACAGCAAAUCCCAGGGAAAGCAAGGAACGAACCUGUUAACAGAAUGAAGCCCCACUCAGAGUACCAGGGAAGGACAGGGUGAUAGACCAGGAUGGAUGGUGGUACUCAUCCAUUCCAGGAACAGGCUUACUGUGUGUGAAGCUAAAAUAGAGACUGUCCAAUAGCAGGGCCCUGGCUGGGAAUGGGAUACGGUUCCCUUGCACCGUUAGGUUAUUGCUUCAAAUCUAGGGACUAAAAUGGCACCACCUGAUAGCUGUUGGGUGGCCUUCCAUGAAAUGAGCUGGUGGACUUCAGCCAACAUCCCAGCAGACAGGAGGUUCGCAGCACAAAAUCCGUUACCCCAACUGGAACUCACAGACCCUACUGUUUGCUGCCUCAGCAGAGAGGCCCAGGGUUAAGUGCACCUGGGAGACUGGAGUCCCCUCUCCCGCAAAGCCAUGGCUCCUUCAGAAUGGGGCAUGAAGCAUGCCCUGCUGGGGGUGUGGCACACCCGCUACUGCCCAGGCUGUACAUGUUCAUAGAUUCAUAGAUACUAAGGUCAGAAGGGACCAUUCUGAUCAUCUAGACUGACCUCCUGCACAACGCAGGCCACAGAAUCUCACUCACCCACUCCUGCGAAAAACC